UCCCGCCAGUGACAGACGCCGGCCGUCAGAGGAAACAAAAGGCUAUAGUUUUAUUUUAGGAUAGGGUUUAUUUUAUAUAUAUUAUCCGUUACAUUUUUUUUUUGCUAACAUAUCCAGAAUCGACUAAUUCCAUCCGCUUUAGUUUAUUUUUUAGUCGGUAUUUUGUGAAUCAAUUUAGAGACAGCCAGCUAGCUUCCGAUUAGCUAGCUGCUCUGCUUUUUGGCUAAAAUCUCCUGUAAGUGACAAAACUGAAAACUUUAUAUUUUAUUUCUAAGCUUCACUCUGAAUUGAAAAUGAAAGUUGCUGUGGAUCAAGUUGUUGAGGAUGAUACAGGUUUCCAGGAUGAUGAGGAGUCGUUUUUUCAAGACAUUGAUCUUCUACAGAAACAUGGGAUCAACAUGGCGGACAUUAAGAAGCUGAAGUCGGUGGGAAUCUGCACCGUUAAAGGGAUCCAGAUGACGACGCGUAAAGCUCUGUGCAACAUCAAGGGCCUGUCGGAGGCCAAGGUGGAGAAAAUCAAGGAGGCGGCAGGAAAGAUGCUGAACGUUGGAUUCCAGACGGCCUUCGAGUACAGCGCCAGGAGGAAGCAGGUCUUCCACGUGACGACGGGCAGCCAGGAGUUUGAUAAGCUGCUGGGUGGAGGGAUAGAGAGCAUGGCCAUCACUGAGGCCUUCGGAGAAUUUCGGACGGGAAAAACGCAGCUUUCUCACACACUCUGUGUCACGGCCCAGCUCCCAGGAGAAGACGGAUACUCUGGUGGAAAAGUCAUCUUCAUCGACACGGAGAACACCUUCCGCCCAGACCGGCUGGACAUCGCGGACCGGUUCAACGUGGAUCAUGACGCCGUGCUGGACAACGUGCUUUACGCCCGCGCCUACACCAGCGAACACCAGAUGGAGCUGCUGGACUUCGUAGCAGCAAAGUUUCAUGAAGAAGGCGGCGUGUUCAAGCUGCUGAUCAUCGACUCCAUCAUGGCUCUGUUCAGGGUGGACUUCUCCGGCCGCGGGGAGCUGGCCGAGCGGCAGCAGAAGCUGGCCCAGAUGCUCUCCAGGCUGCAGAAGAUCUCAGAAGAGUACAACGUCGCCGUGUUCGUUACCAACCAGAUGACGGCGGAUCCUGGAGCAGGAAUGACAUUUCAAGCCGACCCCAAGAAGCCGAUCGGCGGCCACAUCCUGGCCCACGCCUCCACCACACGCAUCAGCCUGAGGAAGGGCCGCGGCGAGAUGAGGAUCGCCAAGAUAUUCGACAGCCCUGAUAUGCCUGAGAAUGAAGCCACGUUCGCCAUCUCUGGAGGAGGAGUUACUGACGCCAAAGAGUGAAGCAUCUGAUUAAUAUUUAUUAUUUAUUAUUUUAUCCUCUAUUUAUUGGAUUCACAUCCAUAAAAGUUGUCCAGUUGAUGUUGUACUGCAGUAAUUUUACUAACCGUUUGAUGUAUGCACUCAGUUGUGAUGUUUCAGUUCACUGAACGUUCAAUUAAAUAAUAAAAUGAGUUCAAUCUGGGA